AUGAUAACCGAAAGUCAGAAUGUAUCGACAACUGGUACGUGUGGUGUAUGUGCUGCUAAAGCAAUUGGUAUAAAUUUCGGUAUACCGACAUGUGCACCUUGUAAAGCAUUCUUCCGUCGGAACGCUCGCCGAAAAGAACUUCUUGGCGUGUCUUGUUGUCAUGAUAAUGGAAGUUACUCAAUAUAUGACAAGAACGCAGUUUCAUGUUCCAACGUUCGUCGGUGUUCAUCGUGCCGAUUACGCCGAUGUUUUUCCGUGGGAAUGAAAGAAGAAUUGGUUCGUACUGAUGAAGAGAAUAUUCGACACCGAGAACUUGUUGAUAGUAAUCGACAAAGACGAGAAAUAUUUCGUCAAAAACAACAGAUAAGGCAAUCAUCUCAUCCACAGUACAUGCCAACCAAAAGUCAGCUAUUAGACGAAUCGGACUGGCUUCAUAUAUCAAACAUAGUUUCUGCUUAUGACACUCACUGUUUGCAAACGUAUCUUGAUCGACGAGCGAUCACAUUCAACAAUAAAUUAUCUCAACCAGACGAUUAUUUUCUUUUGACAUAUUCAACUCUACUACCAAUGAAUAUAACUAUAUCACUCUUCUCGUUUUUCCGCGCAUUACCUGCUGUACGAUCGUUAUCUCAUGUGAAUCAAACUUAUUUGUGUAGAACUAAUAUUCGCCCAUUGCUUUUUCUUAAUAUGUUCGAAUUAAAUCAAUUAUGUUUUACUGAACAAUGGCAGGAACGCUUAGAUUCAUCGACAUGGAUAGCUAUAUUUGGUCCGGAUCUGUACGAACGAUUUGUUAGUGUAGACCAAUUAUCCAAACGAUUACUAAUAACGGAUCCAGUCAUCACACGCCUUUGGAUUGUAGUACUCUAUUUCUCGUCCACACUUUUUUGUUUCUAUGAUUCUCAAUCAUCGUUAAAAAUUCCGACGAAAAAGAUGCCCAUCCGUGAAACUCAAAAUGCCUACGUUACUCUUCUCUGGAACUAUCUCGUCUAUCGUUAUGGAGAUCUCAAUGCUAUUCGAAUUUACUCAAAUCUGGUCGUUGUCUACUUAAAAAUGCAACGCGUCGGAUCUGAAAUUGGCAUUCGGCUUCGAACGCGAAGUGAACUAGCAGUGACAAACAAAAUACUCAAUCAAUUGUUAACUUUAGAUGAACACGAAUUCGAAGAUAGACAAACAGGGCGAGAGCUUCUAUUUACCAAUGAAAUGCAUUCUCAAUCGUCAGCAAUGAUUUAUCAUCCAAAAUAUCGCACAUGGUGGCCAAAGCAUGAUUGUGUUAUAUGUGGUUCAAAAGCGAUCGGAAUUAAUUUUGGUGCACCGACAUGUGCGCCGUGUAAAGCGUUUUUUCGUCGAAAUGCUCGAAGAAAGGAUCUUUUACAAACUCCAUGCCCGUUUCAAGAAGCCACGUCUACGAAUUCUUCGAACAAGGAUGAGGUAACCAGCUAUUGUUCACAAGUCCGGUAUUGUUCAUCAUGUCGAUUACGCCGCUGUUUUGGUAUGGGUAUGAAAGAAGAACUAGUUCGUACGAACGAAGAAAAUGAACGAUAUCGACAGUUGGUUGAAACCAAUCGGCGACGUCGAAAACAGUUAUUACAACAAGAUGGAUCAGAAAGUCAACUUGCUAUUUCUCAAUCAGUUGUGUCCAAAAGUGAUCUUUUACAUGAAACAGAAUGGAUGCAUAUAUCAAAUAUAGUUUCUAUCUACGACACGCAAUGUUUAAAACAUUACAUCGAACGACGUUUGAACACGUUCAAUAAUCUAUCACAAGUACCUAACGAUGCUAAUGUUAAAAUCAACUAUCAUGCCACAACAACAGUCAAUAAGAUGACUUCUUUCAUUCUGUUUCUAUCAACAAUUCCAACGGUCAAAUCCCUUCCAAAGUCUGACCGAAUAUAUUUAUGUAAGCAUAACAUUCGCCCAUUGAUAUUACUUAACGCACAUGAACUUGAUCAACUAUGUUAUUCUGAACCUUGGCAAUUAUUGUAUGAUAAUCUUGCUGCGGAAUAUGUUUGUGGCACUAGUUUGUUUCCUGAUUUACAAAGCACACGAAAACGAGCGGAACAGAUUCUAAUAACCGACCCGAUAGUAACGCGUCUUUGGCUUCUUAUCCUGUUCUUUUCCAGUCCACUUCAUUGUUUUGUGGACUACACAUUACCCGAUAUAUCAGCUAAUCGACGAUUAGCUAUCCUGGAAAUCCAACAUUCGUACACAACAUUGUUAUGGAACUAUUUAGUGCAUCGUCAUGGAGAUGUGGACGCAAUUCGUAUAUUUUCGAAUCUCAAUGGGGUGUAUCUUCGCAUGCAACGGAUAAGUCAAGCUGUGAAUAGACAAAUCCGAACACGAGAUGAUCUGUCGUCAUUACACGAAGCAUUCAAUCGUGCUGUCAUGAUCGAAAGUGAUACGAAAUAUAUUGCAUAUGUAUCAUUACUACAAUUAUGUGCGACAAGAAGAUUAUCUGAUGUUGAACAUAAAAAAGAAUCCUGCGACCUAUCGUCCAACGAAACAGAACACAAAUCAAGUUUAUUGUGUUUUUUUUCUUUUUCGUUCUACGAUGCCUCUGAAAACAAUGUUAUGAUGAUCAAAUCAACAAUGAAUGGGACAAACUUCCCAUUAUCAAUUCUCGAUGACUUCAAUACACGUUUAGUUUUCAACAGUACAACACCAAAACCAUUCCUUCGACUGUUCAAUUCCACAAGACUCUUUCCCUAUCUUCGAGCACCUUUAACAACAAUCCCAUUCUUCGUUAAUAAGUAUUUCAUGUUCAAAUCACCGUUUACGUACAUUAUGCGUUGUAUAGAAUUGUGUAUUUUGAGUUUAACAUUGCCAUUGUAUGCUAUUGUCUUGAUACUUUUCAUUGAGUUGACCGUCAUACGUACAAGUUCGAACACAGCGGUAUCCGGUGGCAAUUCUCGUAGUCGAACUCAACGACGUCAACAGCAUUUGCGAAGCUUAAUUUGGACAUCGAACUAUUUACUUGUUGAUCUUCUUAAUCUUUUGUACGAAGUCAUUUAUGUUAUUAUACAUUUAUCAGGUCAAUUACGAUUAAAAUCUUUGAUUGGUUCUCUCUAUUGUCAAUUUCAAGUCUAUGUUUCAUUGUAUUUGACUGUACUGAUGUCGUACAGUUUAACAGCCAUAUCAAUCUAUCGUCGUCGACAUUUCGUUAAUUUAACGAGUCAAGGCGAACGAUCGAAUCGCAAAAGUGCGUUUAUGAUCAGUUCGCUUUGGUUGAUGCCGAUGAUCACGUUAAUAUUUCCGACAUUUCUCUUAGUCUAUUCAAAUAUUUUGAAAAUCACUCAACACGAAACCACAAACCAAUGUCAAAUUUCCUAUACCUACGAAUCGAAUAUGGAGGCGCUCUAUAUAUUCUAUCGACUUGGUAAUAUCUUUCUCUUACCAAUAUCGAUUUCAUUGGUAUGUUACGUAACGAUCUAUACAGAUUUGAUACGCACUCAACGACGUUUUAAUCGAGCAUUUAAACGGCAUCUUCAUAUACGGAAAAACCUUAUUACGCAAAUUCUUUUUCUUUUCUUGAAUUUCGCUGUUUUUUGGCUUCCAGCAGAGAUUGUCACACUUCACACGAAAAAUCUUCAACUGAAAGACGCUUUUCAAGUGACGAAAUGUUUAAAUAUCCUUCUCGAUCCAUUGAUUGUGACCGUAUUCGAUACACGUUUGUCGUCGGCUGGUAAAAAACUACUAUCGACGCGACUCUUCGAUGGCUUUCGACGUUGUUUCAAUAGUAAUCGUCAAUUCAAUCAUUCGAUCCAGAACACAUCGACUAGAAGACCAAAACGACGCUUAAGACGUUCAUAUAAUGUGACUACAAAUAGUCAACAGAUAACAACAGGUACGACAUGGAACAUGGGUAAUAAUGAUGAUAUAACCGUUGUGGAGUCGAUAUCCGAUCAUCCGACGCGCCGACAACGUUCAGGAAAUCGACAACGAACAUUGACACAAAAACGAAAACAUCGAUUGGAAAAUCAUGUCUAA